AUGCUGAGCGGCCUGCUCUUGCCCGAUCGAAACAACGAGCCGCUGAUCUGGGCGCAAUUCGGCGGAAUCUACCCGAUUGCCAACGGCCACCAAUUCGGCUUGCACAAUCUGCGCUACAAAUGGGUUCGCUUUAUAACGAGGGAUAGCGUCGCCAUGAACAUCACCCCCGCUCCGUUUAUCUGGGAAUUCACAUUUCGCGGCGAAGACUUUUGUAUGAAAUCGACCCUUGUGCUCCCCACCGUUGAGCAACAGCGGGUGGCCGGCUGGACGCGGACGGCCGUCUGGUCGACGAUCGUGGGCCGCGUCCUGAUCGAAGAAGAAGUGCUUGACGGGCUGCGCAACGAUCCAGGCUUCAAGCCCGACUACGCCUACGAAGGGCUACUGCGAUGGACUCCGAGUCGGACUACGGCAUAUCCUCGAACAGCUCGCAGUCCGGCGAGGCCAUGCCUGAGA